UGGCGGAGCCGUGUGCCGGGGCAGGGUGCACGCCCCUGCCUUGCGUGUGCAGAGCGUGGCGGCGGUGCCUGUGUGAGUGAGUGACCGCCCGGCUGUGUCAGGUGACUCGGGUCACGCAGUCUCUCUCGCUCGCUCCUCUGGGAGGACGCGGGGCUCUGGCUGGCUGCUCCGGUCCAAGCACCGCCCGGCCCAAGACCCGCGGGGAAGGGUCCGAAUCGGAACCUCCCGCGACAGCCGCGAUGAGCCAGGUGCCGAGGAAGCCGCAGGAGGAGGAGGAGGAGGAGGAAGAUGAGCUUGUUGGGCUCGCGGACUACGGGGAUAGGGCCGAGUCCUUCUCGGAUGGAGACCCGGAGACCGGCGCCGACGAAGCGUUUCUGGAUUUCAGUGACCCCUUCAGUACUGAAGUUAAGCCAAGAAUCCUACUUAUGGGACUGAGAAGAAGUGGGAAGUCUUCCAUUCAGAAAGUUGUCUUUCACAAAAUGUCUCCAAAUGAAACCCUUUUCUUGGAGAGCACUAACAAGAUCUGCAGAGAAGAUGUUUCCAACAGCUCCUUUGUUAACUUUCAGAUAUGGGACUUUCCUGGGCAAAUUGACUUCUUUGACCCUACGUUUGACUAUGAGAUGAUUUUCAGAGGCACUGGAGCACUGAUAUUUGUUAUAGAUUCUCAGGAUGAUUAUAUGGAGGCCUUGGCUAGGUUGCAUCUCACUGUGACCAGAGCUUAUAAAGUGAAUCCAGACAUCAACUUUGAAAUCUUUAUUCAUAAAGUGGAUGGCUUGUCUGAUGAUCAUAAGAUUGAAACCCAAAGAGACAUUCACCAGAGGACAAAUGAUGACCUUGCAGAUGCUGGAUUGGAGAAAAUUCACCUCAGCUUUUAUCUGACAAGUAUAUAUGAUCAUUCUAUAUUUGAAGCCUUUAGCAAAGUGGUACAGAAACUAAUUCCACAGCUCCCAACACUGGAAAACCUCCUUAACAUCUUUAUCUCAAAUUCUGGGAUUGAGAAAGCAUUUCUGUUUGAUGUAGUCAGUAAAAUUUAUAUUGCAACGGACAGUACUCCAGUGGAUAUGCAAACUUAUGAGCUCUGCUGUGAUAUGAUAGAUGUUGUUAUCGAUAUUUCUUGUAUCUAUGGGCUCAAAGAAGAUGGCGCGGGAACACCUUAUGACAAAGAAUCAACAGCAAUCAUAAAACUGAACAAUACAACUGUCCUUUAUCUAAAGGAGGUGACAAAAUUCCUUGCUCUUGUUUGCUUUGUAAGAGAAGAAAGCUUUGAGAGAAAAGGACUAAUAGACUACAACUUCCAUUGUUUUCGCAAGGCUAUACAUGAAGUAUUUGAAGUGAGAAUGAAAGUAGUGAGAUCUAGAAAACAUCAGAGUCAGAUGCAAAAAAAUAAAAGAGCCACCCCUAAUGGCACACCUAGAGCACCACUGUAGCUGAAGUUCUAAUGGCAUUAUUGUCAGCAAGGCUCUUGUUGCACUGACUGAAGGGGAAGAGAAAUGGGACUGGUGUAUUACAUGGAUUUUCCUCCCAACCCUCAAAAAGGCACUGUUUAAACAUUUUUAUCCAGUCAAUUUUUUCAUAUACAGUGAGCACUUUGAGCAAAAUAUUGUAUAUAAACAUUGAGGUGAAUAUAUGUUCUUGUAAGAAUUCUCUUAAUAUAUGUUGUAAACUUUUUUCCAGGCCAUAUUAAGAAAAAUCAGCUGUGACAGAAAUGUUGGGUACAUAAUUUGCACUUUUUUCAUGUUCUCCUCGUGGAGUUAAACUUUGAUAAACUUAGUUUUUUAAGCUGAUUUUCAUGCAUGGUAAAGUAUAACAUGUAGUUUAUAUACAUGCUACAAUCAAAUUGUUUACUAAACAAUCAAGAAAACUUGAUACAAUGACUUUUUUAAAAUUUAUGACAGAAUACAUAACAUUCAAACAAAUCCAACUUCAUAUAUUUUUUUUCAAUUUGUAAGUUGAAGAAUUCUUAUUUUGAAGUAUGAUAGCAAUAAGAGCUUUACCAACUGGUAGGUAAAAAAUUAGCUUUUGUAAAACAGGCCUUUGGCUAAACUCUACCCAAACUUCUCCAUAACACUGGUAAUGCCCUCUCAGUUGGGCUUUUUAUUAUAAUUUACCUCAACAUAUAUCUCUAAAAUAACUUUCUAUACAGAUAUUAUUUUGUAAUACUGCUUUAUGUUGCAUUGGUGCUUUUAUAACAUUUCAGGAACAGGGUAUGUAACUGAAGGAUUUUAUUUAUAUGCUUAGUUUGAGAGUCUGAGCCUCUACAAUUGGAGGAAGAAAAAGUUGGUAUUUCAUUUCUGCCAUACCACUAUAAUAUAAAGUUUCAGGUAUAUUAAAGCAUUAGAGGAAAAUCCUAAAGUUGCUCAUGCUGGGGCCCAGUUCUACUUGCUUUACUUGGGUCAAAUCUCCCUUUGAUUUCAGUGGGAGUUCUUAAAUAAGGACUGAAGGACUGGUCUCUUUUAUUCUAAUCUACAUAGAUGUAGCUACUUUCUGUUUUAACACUGAUCACAGUGGCAGAUCUGUCCUUGCAGCAAUUACGGCACUACCCACCCCAGAAAGGAGGGCAGGGAGAAGUAAAACAUGCCUUCUCAAUUCUGUAUUCAUUUUAUAGUUGUAGCUUAAAGAAGAGCUCUGCCAAAUGCAAGAGCACACAGGGGAGAGCAGCUCCUGUACCCAUGCUUCCUACAUAGGGCUUAUGUGCACAUGGCUCUAGAACAGCUGCAAGAGUUCACUGAAUAACCUUGUAGCCAGAAAAGAUAAGGGAGAAGCAUUUUUGAAAGUUUCCUUUUUAAAAAAGUACACAUCCAGUUAAAACAAAUUGUAAUGCUGCACCUUUAAUUGUGGACUAAAACCACCAGUAUUUUUUGGCAUAUGACAGAAAUAGAGAGUUUUUACCAA